AUGUCAUCAGAACCAUUAGACUGGAAAUUUAGUCAAGUUUUUGGCAACAAGGGCCCAAACGAUGACGUUAUCGAUGUUGAUUUAGUAUCAGCAAUUGAAUUUGAUCACACUGGUGACUAUAUUGCAGCUGGUGAUAGAGGAGGCAGAGUUGUACUCUUUGAGCGAACCUAUGAAAAGAGCCAAAGCAGCAGCAGCAGCAAAAAGAAAGAUAAAUUACCCGAAUAUAAAUUUUAUUCAGAGUUUCAAAGCCACGAACCAGAGUUUGACUACUUGAAGAGUUUGGAGAUUGAAGAAAAAAUUAACAAAAUUAAAUGGUGCCCAAAACAAAACGAUGCACAAUUUUUAUUAACAACUAAUGGUAAUAAAACAAUUAAAUUAUGGAAGGUAUAUGAAAAAAAGAUUAAACAAGUAUCUGCUUCAGCACCAACAAAUGGAUUAACAAGUUAUAACAAACCAGCAACCAUUACAAAUAACAAUAACAAUAAUAAUAACAACAAUAACAACAACUAUAUAAAUUCAACAACUUCAAAUAAUGGUCUUUUAAAAGUAAAUAUUCCACGUCUUAGUACAAAGGAAACUGUUAUAACAGCACAACCAAGAAAAGUAUACGCAAAUGCUCAUGCCUAUCACAUUAAUUCGAUAUCAUUAAACAGUGACGGAGAGACAUAUAUUUCAUCGGACGAUCUUCGAAUUCACUUGUGGAAUUUGAACAUUAAUUCAGAAUGUUUCAACGUAGUCGAUAUCAAGCCCACCAACAUGGAGGAUCUAACAGAGGUGAUUACGUCGGCCGAAUUUCAUCCCACCUCUUGUAAUAUAUUUAUGUACAGUUCAAGCAAAGGAACCAUCAAGUUGGGCGAUCUCAGAUCGAGCGCACUCUGCGACCAACACUCCAAGGUCUUUGAGGAGGCUGACGAUCCAUCAACCAAGUCCUUCUUCUCAGAGAUCAUUUCCUCAAUAUCAGACAUCAAAUUCAGUCGUGACGGUCGUUACAUCUUGUCACGUGACUUUUUGACGCUCAAGCUUUGGGAUAUCAACAUGGACACCCGUCCCAUCAAGUCUAUCCCCAUCCACGACUAUCUCCGUCCUAAACUCUGCGAUCUCUACGAGAAUGAUUGCAUUUUCGAUAAGUUUGAAUGCUCUAUCAACCACGAUGGCACACAAAUGCUUACCGGCUCUUACAACAACUACUUCCACAUUUACGAUCGUAACUCUAAACAAGAUGUUUGUCUCGAAGCAUCUAAACAAGCCAUCAAACCAAAAUCAAAGACCCUCACCGGUAAGAUGAAACUACGCUCCUCUAAAAAAGAUAAGAAACCUGAUGAAAUUAAUCCUGAUAAUAUAGAUUUUACAAAGAAGGCCCUUCAUGUCAGUUGGCAUCCAAAAGAAAAUCUCGUCGCAAUUGGUGCUAAUAAUACUAUUUUUUUUAAAUUUGAAACAUAUAAUUUGUUUGUAUUUCAAAUGAUAAGUACAAUUGAAUCAACAAGACAUGAACAAUAUGAUGAAAUUAGAAGAAUAAUAGAAUCUAAAUAUAGUGGAGUAUUAUCAGUUUAUGGACCACCUCAUUGUGGAAAGUUAACAACUGUAUUGGCAGCACUUGACAAGGAUUCUACUACCUAUGCAUUUGCAGAUUGUUCAUCUACACCCAAAUCUUCUCGUUCAUUGUUUUAUCAUCUCUAUCAUACUCAAACCAUCAUUGCAGAAGAGGAUGAAAUGGAUGUUGCAGCUGGUGGCAGUGAUGAUGAGGAUGAUGAUGGUACACCACCUCAAGACAUUUACGAUUUUAAAAAACUAUAUGAACAAAAUCGACCUCCCAUACCAAUGAAAGGGUUUCCUAGGAAUCUUAUAGAGUUGAUUACAAUGUUGGGUGAUAAAGCUGAUCAAUCUUCAACUCACAAUCCAUCAAAACCUAUUUAUAUUGUAUUGGAUAAAAUACAUCACAUUUUGGAAUAUGAUCCAAGUUUAUUAUACUCGAUGUUUAAGAUUAAUGAUUUUAUGGUGAAUAGAAGAGUAUGUCUUUUCUUGAUAUCAGAUGACCCAGUGGAUAGAUUGUUGCCAUUAAACUAUCUAGCCGUCUAUGCUCGACCUAUAUUCUUUCCUCGGUAUGCCACCGACACCUAUCUAGAGAUAUUAAAACUUCAUCAACCCAAAAUAACAAUACCAGGUGUCACUCAAGAGAAAAUACAUCGACACUAUUUAAAUCAUUGCAAGAUUAUGGUUACAAUGUUUGGAAAACUAGUUACAGAUAUCGUUCACCUUAUCCUUAUCACAAACAAUCUUUUUGAAUCUUAUAUUCUUCCUGUCAAAAAUAAUGAAGUUCAAAUAGAUUCAAAAGAUUCAGAAUUGGUAUUGUAUUCUAAAAUUAAACCAUUGGUUGAUUUUUAUUUGCAACAAUUGUUUUCAAAAGGAAAAUUGGGGAUUGACUUUACAAAACAAUUACAAGAGGAAGAGGAAUCACAAACAAGCAAGAAAAAAAUUAAUGACGAUGAAUUUACAAUGUAUAAUUCAUCUCUUUCACACAAUGCCAAAUGUCUAUUAAUUUCAGGUUAUUUGGCAUCUGCCUACUCUCCUACAAAUGAUGUUUUAUUAUAUACUUCAACUAAAAUUGCAAGAAAAAAGAAUAGAUCAAAGAUAAAUGCACCAAAAUGGUUUGAAAAGGCAAGACUUCGAGGUAUUGCCUAUAAAUUAUUUCCAGAGAUUGUACAAACAGGUGAUUCCACUGCCAUGAUAAAUCAACUCUCUGGAUUGGUGUCACUGCGAUAUUUUGAUCAAGCUGGAUCUUUUGACACUUGUAGAUAUAGAUGCAAUGCCACACUUUCUGAUAUCAAACUAGUAGCACAAUCAAUACAUUUUGAUAUUGAUUCUUAUGUUUCAGUUGCAGAAUUAUCAAAUGUUAAAUAA